AUGAGGCCGCGGGUGGUCAACGCGAUUAGGUGGCGGUACAACAAGCUUGAGCAAGACAAUAUUUGGUAUUAUAUCAAAGGCGACGAGGUCAUGUAUGCGGCAUGGAGCAGGGCGUUUCUGAAUAAGAGGUUGGGCGAUUUAAGCUUUAGUCGAAUGUACGCAGAGACGCUGUUGCAAGGGCCUUCUUCGGAGGGCGACGACGACAACAACGAUAACGAUGACGAUGAAGAAAAAGGUGGUGAAGCAAGGCUAGUGAGGAACGAGGAUGAGGACACAGUGAGGCCGGAAGAUUCGAUAUCAAACGUUGAGAUGGGUCGACUGCUCGCGAUUCCAAAGCAUAAUUCUGGUUCAUUGGAGGUCCUGUCGUCUGAAGUGAUCCGCCAGCUGAUACUGCGUGGAGCGGAAAACCUCAUGGAGUUCAAGUGGCACAUCAGUUUUCAGGAACACGGCGUCCCGGCAGCAGGGAUAUGGCGACAAGGAGAGAGGUUGUGGGAGCAAGCACAAGAGCAACAAAGUGAGGCAACUGGUGAUAUUGCCGAUCUGUAG